UCUUCCUCCUUCCUCGCCCCCUCUCCUCCCAGGCCCCGCCCACGGUUGGUCUGAUACGUGGCAGGCGGUGGAACGGGCCGCUGUGCGGGAGGGGGCGGGGCUCGGCCGCCACUCAUCUCUCAUCAUGGGACAGAACGACAUGAUGGGUGCUGCCGAGGACUUCGCCGACCAGUUCUUACGGGUUACGAAGCAGUAUUUGCCGCACGUUGCGCGCCUUUGCCUCAUCAGCACAUUCCUGGAAGAUGGCAUCCGCAUGUGGUUUCAGUGGAGUGAACAGAGAGAUUACAUCGAAGCCACGUGGAGCUGUGGCUACUUCCUGGCCACCAUUUUCGUCCUUGUUAACUUGCUGGGACAACUGGGUGGUUGCAUCCUGGUCCUUAGUCGGAACUUUGUACAAUACGCCUGCUUUGGCUUAUUCGGAAUAAUAGCAAUGCAGACUAUUGCAUACAGUAUCCUAUGGGAUCUGAAGUUUCUCAUGAGGAACCUGGCUCUAGGUGGAGGGUUACUGCUUCUUCUGGCAGAGUCUCGAUCGGAAGGGAAAAGCAUGUUUGCAGGCGUGCCAACCAUGGGGGAGAGCUCUCCUAAACAGUAUAUGCAGCUGGGUGGUCGUGUGCUGCUUGUCCUAAUGUUUAUGACUCUGCUCCACUUCGACGCAAGCUUCGUCUACAUCCUACAGAACAUUGUCGGUACGGCUCUCAUCAUCCUGGUGGCCAUUGGCUUCAAGACAAAGCUGGCUGCCCUGACCUUGGUAGUGUGGCUCUUCGCCAUCAACGUCUACUUUAACGCCUUCUGGAACGUCCCUGCCUACAAGCCCAUGCAUGACUUCCUAAAAUACGACUUCUUUCAGACCUUGUCGGUUAUCGGAGGACUGCUAUUGGUGGUGGCCCUGGGGCCUGGUGGGGUGUCCAUGGACGAAAAGAAAAAAGAGUGGUAGUGUUAACGACACCUGGAGUCUUGUAGGAUAUUCUGAAUGAAAGCAGAGUCCUUUUCCAACAUCUCUCCCUCCUCUCUUUGACACAACCACCUCCAUCUUGUAUUGUUGCAACCAGCUGUAUUGCGAACCAUCUCUCGCAGAUCACCAGCUCUUUGGACCUGGCUUUGUGGUUCCAUUACAGGCUGGUUUAGAAUGUUACAAGAUAGUCAUUGUAAAAUGCAGUAUCAUGAGUUUUAAGGAGAGAUCUCUGCUUCCCUUUAACGUUUUUUUUGUUUUGUGUUUUUAGUUUUGUUUUUUUAUGUGAAUUUUUCAGAAUUCAUUGAUUUGCAGCCAUUGUUGGCCUCUGGUUCUGAAAUUCUUACAUAAUCGUUCAUGUGACAGGCAUCCAUUUUGUGCAGUACUAAGAUGAGAACGAUUAUUGUACUUGGUUUCUAUACUUGUCUGCCCCAGAAGCGGACACCGUAUGUUGUUUCUGUUCUCUGGACUCUGAGUGAUCCCUCCCAUCGCUGUGCGUCUGGCCAAUCAGAAGAGAUAUGUGCUGUGAAGUAUGUAAUUAAAUUAAAAUCGUACCUCAUCU